AUGAAAGGCCUGGUGAGCACUAAGGCGGAUUCGAAUAUGAAAGUAGCUACAGGAAAUCGUCUUCGCUUCUUUGGUCAUAUAUUAAGCAGUUCAGCAGAUCGCCUUGUUCAACGAGUUCUUAGGAUUCGAGCUGGAAGAGGCCGAGAAAGGGGAGACGUAAAGUUCCGCACGAUAUGGAAUAGCGACGGAUGGAUUGAUUCUGGGCAAGCUCUCGCAGAAAAUUGUGAAGGUUUUGCGGAGCUAUGUUCAAAGAUGACACAUGUCGGCUUCGAGAGACUCUAG